AGCUCCUUUUAUAAGAGAGGAACAUUCAGAAAAAUAUCAGUAGUCUUCCAUCGAUCACCAGGAAAGAUGAUUCUUAAUAAAAUAGUUAUAUCGAUCAUUUUUAGUACGAGUUGUCUGCAGAUAAUAUGUGGAGCUGGUUAUUCUAAAGUCUAUGUUCAUAGAGGCGCAGAAGAAGUUCCAGUGGAAUAUUUAAAUUACGGCGCACCUCCAGUUGUAAGAAAUCCACAAAUAGCUCAAAUAUCAGCUGCUCCUAUUGGAUCCGUUUUGCCACUACAAAACGUUGUAUCAGGAUGUGUGGCGCCAUGCGUUAUUCCUAGUCAAUCUGUGAACACCGUAGCUGCCGUGCCUACUAGUUCUAAAAUCAUUGCCUAUAAUACUCCAAAUGUACCUACUGUUGUUCUUCCAAAUUCUGAUGAGAAAACAAGUUACGAAUAUUCAUAUGUAGUCUACGAUGAGAAUACUGGAGAUAGAAAGGCACAACGGGAAUUAAGUGAUGGCUCAGUGGUACAAGGAGAGUAUUCUUUUAUUCAACCGGAUGGUUAUGUGCGAGAAGUUAAAUAUAGAGCUGAUGACUUAACAGGAUUCAAUGCCAUAGUGAAAAAUUUCUUGCCAGAAUCAACACCAGAUGAAGACGCGAAAAAACCUACAAAAAAAGGUAAAAGUGAACCAGACCCAGCAUGUCAACCGAUUCAAACAGGUGCAUUGAAAGUAGACUCAGAAUUAACCGAAUCUACUGAAAUAACAGUAGCGCCAACAGUUGAAUCAGCUCCUGAAGUAGCCUCAGUUUCUAUAAAAGAGUCUGAAGCUAUUGUGGUUAUCGACUCUACUACUCCUGAUGCGAAUUCUGCAUUUUCCACUGAAUCUUCUGUUCAGUUAAUCGGAUCGCCACUCAAUUCACCAGCUGCACUAGUUGAAAACCCUUCUGCUACUAAAGCUAUUGAACCACCAACUGACAAUUCAGUUGAAUUGAUCAAAGAUUCUACUAGUGAUUCCACGUCAGCUGAACCAGAUCAUGACAUUAUUAACUGUACAGAUGAAACACAUACACACGAAGCUGUAGAAACUCCUAUUGAGACGAUUCCUAAACCUGAAGUGCCAUUGGCAAACGGACUUGUAUCAUAUAAAGAUAUUAUUCGAUGCGUACAAGCAGCUAUAGCUAAUGGUGAUCCGAAUGCGAAUACUAAUAUUUCUCCAUUGACAUACAUAAUUUUACCUGGAACCAAUAAACCAUGUUAAAAAAUAAGUACAUCCAUGUCCUGAAAAGUGUAAUAAUAAUAUUCUAGUCUUAUUUUUGAAAACCAAUGUCGACUUGAAUUGUAUUAUAGGUUUGUGUAAAGUAAUAUAUUGGUAUGAUUUUGAGUAAAAUGAGCAAAGAAAAACACAA